AUGGCUUCCGUCUGGUUCCUGUUCUGCCUGGCCUUCCUUGGUGCUGCCCAUGGUGAGUGCCUUGUAGGAGGCCAAGCAGGAGGAGGAGGCAACUCCAACCCCCCUCCUUUGACAUGUUGAUAGAUCUGCUCCACAGCGCCCCUUCCCAUACCUCUACAGGAAGUGCUGCCCGUGUGGCUCACUGCUUCAGGUCAGGGUUUGGCGUCUGUGGGAGGGUCAAGGGAUGCAGUUCAUCAUCCACAGGUCAACUUCACCGCUUCCCCAGCACCCAUGGGAAUGGAUGCUACACCUCCAUCUCUAACCACAGAACCACGACUGAAGUUUCUAAAAUGCUCAAGUCCUACCUGCCCAUCAUACACUCUAACUUGGCUGAAGUCCCCUGCCAAUAUUCUGUGGCAAGCAAGGACCACUCUCUCCUUGUCUUUUGUUACUUCACAUGUUGCAGGACUGAGCUGUGGUAUUGAAAACACAGUGCAGGGGGCCAGUCCCUGGUGAAACCUGAACUCAGAUGAAGCUGUGCACAGAUUUAGUUUACAUCUAGGGAUAGGGAGUCUCUCCUGGGUUAAAAACAAACAAACAAACAAACCUGAUUUCUUGCCAGGUUGUGGCACUCCAGCCAUCCAUCCGGUCUUGAGUGGCUAUUCCCGAAUUGUCAAUGGAGAGGAGGCAGUGCCUGGAUCGUGGCCCUGGCAGGUAUCCUUGCAGGUAAGAAGAGCCCAGCACACUUUGCUUUGGCUGGAGACAUGGAAUAAUAACAAUAAUAACAACAACAACAACAACAACAACAACAACAAUAAUAAUAAUAAUAUUUAUACCCUGCCCAUCUGUCUGGGUUUCUCCAGCCACUCUGUGUGAACUGAAUGAGAAAGGCACAAUGAGAGGCACAAAUACAAGAUGGGUGACACCUGGCUUGAGAGCAGUACAUGUGGAAAGGAUCUAGGAGUCUUGGUUGACCACAAACUUGACAUGAGCCAACAGUGUGACGCGGCAGCUAAAAAAGCCAAUGCAAUUCUGAGCUGCAUCAAUAGGAGUAUAGCAUCUAGAUCAAGGGAAGUAAUAGUGCCACUGUAUUCUGCUCUGGUCAGACCUCACCUGGAGUACUGUGUCCAGUUCUGGGCACCACAGUUCAAGAAGGACACUGACAAACUGGAACGUGUCCAGAGGAGGGCAACCAAAAUGGUCAAAGGCCUGGAAACGAUGCCUUAUGAGGAACGGCUAAGAGAGCUGGGCAUGUUUAGCCUGGAGAAGAGGAGGUUAAGGGGUGAUAUGAUAGCCAUGUUCAAAUAUAUAAAAGGAUGUCACAUAGAGGAGGGAGAAAGGUUGUUUUCUGCUGCUCCAGAGAAGCGGACACGGAGCAAUGGAUCCAAACUACAAGAAAGAAGAUUCCACCUAAACAUUAGGAAGAACUUCCUGACAGUAAGAGCUGUUCGACAGUGGAAUUUGCUGCCAAGGAGUGUGGUGGAGUCUCCUUCUUUGGAGGUCUUUAAGCAGAGGCUUGACAACCAUAUGUCAGGAGUGCUCUGAUGGUGUUUCCUGCUUGGCAGGGGGUUGGACUCAAUGGCCCUUGUGGUCUCUUCCAACUCUAUGAUUCUAUGGUUCUAUGAAAGGUGGGGGCAACAUAAAGUGCUUCUUCAUGCAAUGCACAAUUAAUUUGUGGCACUUUCUGCCACAAUAUGUGGUGAUAGCCACUGGCUUAGUCCAUGGGUGGGCUCCUCCAGAUACAAGUCCAGCACCUGCUCUCUCCUUGUGGUACACCGGGGUGGUCAGCAACCUUUUUGGGGCUGAGGGCCACAUUGACCCAUGGUCAGCCCUCCAGGGGCUGCAAGUCAAAGUGGACAUGACAAGCACUCUGGUCCUCAGGGUUACUUUCGAAAAGGCUUCCCCAUCAGCUGUUCUGCACAAUUUAAAAUCAAUUUUGAGGCACUCUUGGGAAAACCACAAAAUGUAUCUGAUCAUUACAGUAGGGAACACCUAUAGGAGUAGUCAGUAUGCUUAAUUUUUGUAGAAAAUAAUAAUUAUUUUUUUAUGGACAGUUUGGGGGAGGGAGUGGGGACCCACCAAAAGCUUUUUGGCAUUACAGCAAUGAGCAGUUGGUAAAAUAAUUGAGACAACCCUGGUUAGUGGAACAGGGACAGAGAGAGUGUGUGUUCACAUCAAGGGAAGUAAGAGUACUGCUCUCUUUUGCCUUGGUGAGCCCCCUUACCUGUGGAUCUGUGUCUAGUUUAAGAAGGAUAUUGACAAGCUGUAACAUGUAUAGAGGAGGGCGGCCAGGAUUAUCAAGGGCCUGGAAACCAAGCCUUUGAGGGGACGGAGUAUGUUUAGUUUGGAGAAGAAAAGACUGAGAGGUCAUAUUGUAACCACCUUCAAAUAUCUGUCACAUGGAAAAUGCAGCAAGCUUGCUUCCUGUUUCUCUGGAGCAGGCUUCCUCAAACUCGGCCCUCCAGAUGUUUUGAGACUACAAUUCCCAUCAUCCCUGACCGCUGGUCCUGCUAGCUAGGGAUCAUGGGAGUUGUAGGCCAAAAACAUCUGGAGGGCCGAGGUUGGGGAAGCCUGCUCUGGAGGGUAGAACCAAUGGCUUCAAGUUACAAGAAAGGAGAUUCCAACUAAACAUUAGGAAGAACUUUCUGAGAGUAAGAGCCGUUUGACAGUGAAACGGGCUACCUUGGAAGAUGGGAGACUCUCCUUACUUGGAGGAUUUUAAGCAGAGGUUGGGUUGCCAUCUGUCAGGGAUUACUGAGCUGUGAUUCCUGCACUGCAUGUCCAAGCACUCGCUGGGUCCUUUCUAUCUGCUCACAUGUUCCCCUCAAUCCCUCAGGACAACACUGGCUUCCAUUUCUGUGGAGGUUCUCUGAUCAGUGAGAAUUGGGUGGUCACCGCAGCCCACUGCAACGUCAGGUAAGGAAGACUGUGUGUACAACCCACUUCUAAGAAGAAAUGCUCUGGGGCUCAGGAUAAAACCAGGAAGCCAGACUUGCUGAAGCUCUAGCCCUGUAAUCCUAGAGGGAUGUGUGCAUGCCGGUGGUGAGCGAAGUGUACUCUGCACACACUCAGAGGCACACUUUAUUUUUCGUAGUGUUUCUCUUUUUUUAAAAAAAUGAUAUUUAUUAAAAUUUCAAAAAAAUACAAGAAUUACACAAAAACAAAAAAUAAAAAUACAAAAAAAUACAAAAUACAGCAAGAAGAAUAAAAAAUACCCUUAUUAAGAUAUAACAAAGCAAUGGAAAAAUAAAAAGAAACAAACAAAAUAAAAACAGUUAAAAACACAUUAAUUUUCCAUAACAUAUCUUCCUUACACUUAUUUCCCCGGACCUCCUCAUACCUCCCUUUUUUGUAUUCCAGUUCAGUUUGUUAGUUCAGCAAAUCCUUACCAUUAAGCUUUUACCCAUUUAUAAACCGUUUUUCAUAUCUCUUAAAGCAUUACAGCUGGAAACCACUUAAUUUCUAUCCAACAUCCUUCUAAGAUUCGUUAAUUUUACAAUACUUCUGUAAAUAGUCUUUAAAUUUCUUCCAGUCUUCUUUCACCGACUCUUCUCCCUGGUCUCGGAUUCUGCCAGUCAUUUCCGCCAAUUCCAUGGAAUUGGGACAUGGAAUCGUAGUGUUUCUCAGAGAUUCCGAAGUCAAAAUCUAUUUCUAAAUGCAUUCCACCACAAUUUUGUUCCGGUGCUCAAAGUGGGAGAAAUAAAGAAAGCGGGAUUGUCACAUUUCCCAGGCAGGAUUGCCAAUUGACCGGCAGAGGUGGGCACAGACACCAACGCAGAAUGCUGCUGUGUCCACAACAGCAGAUGGAUGUCCAGGAAUCAGAAAUGGAAGCUUUUCAAAGGAAGCCCAUGAUAGCAGCUGCUGUCCCUUGACAUUGUGUGGCUCAGGUGUAUUGCGGGAUGUUUAAGUGGCAGCUAGACCCAGCCAGUUAUGAAAAAACAUAUAUGAAAGGAGGGUCCAGGGAAGGCAUCAGCAAGAGUGCUGGGCUCUGGUAGCUGUCCAAGGAUGCCAAGUUCUGACACCGAUUCCUAGCCUCAGCUGAGAACUAUGAAGGUGCUGGUACAAAUCUUACCUUUCCCAAAGGUAAGGGUCGCCUUAGGCAAGCAGUUCUCUCCCUGCUGCUGCUCACCCCGCCCUCCACACACCAGCAACUUGGGGAUAACAGUACCUGCCUACCCCACAGGGCUGUUGUAGUGGUUGUUGAGAUCGUGUAUAUGAAGCACUUUGGCUGUAUUUCUCAGCAUGGUUGACUAACGAAUACUAUCAACUGCUGCCCCUGCUGCAGGACAAGCCACCUGGUGGUUUUGGGUGAAUUUGACCAACGCAAUCCUGCUGAAGACGUUCAAGUCAUCAAGAUUGCCCAGGUAGGUAGCACAGAAUUGACCUUCCCAGACCUCAGGUGCUCCUUGCUCUGUGUGUGUGUAUCAAAAUACCAGGCCACCAGGCCAAAGUGCUGCUAAAAUGCGAGUGGAUAGCAGUGGAGGUGUACACACAAUAACCAGUCUUUAAAGUGGGCAUCACUGGCUCAAUUAAACUAAACAGUUUUAAUUGGAUUUUGAAUAAACGUGCCAUUAACCAUUGCUGUUUUUGAUUUUAAUGUAUAAUCUUCCUUAUUAUCUUCCUCUGCAAACCACUCUUCUUUUUACAGGGUGGCAUGGGGGACACUGGAUAUGAGUCUAUGAAACCAAGGGAGCAGUGCCCCCCCCCCUAAAAUUUGGGAACCACUGGCUUAAACUAAACUGCCUCCUUCUUUGACAGGUUUUCAAGAACCCCAAGUUCAACCUUUUCACAGUGAAGAACGACAUCACUUUGUUGAAGCUGGCCACCCCAGCCCAGCUGACGGCUCGCGUGUCUCCCGUGUGUCUGCCUCAGGCCACAGAUGACUUCCCCGGGGGCAUGACCUGCGUCACCACUGGAUGGGGCCUUACCAAACACACGAGUAAUUUUUAUUUUUAUUUAUUUAUUGUGGCAUUUAUAUCCCACCUUUCCUUCAAGGAUCUCAAGGUGGCAUACAUACUUCUCCCUCUCUCCAUUUUAUCCUCACAACAACCCUGUGAGGUAGGUUAGGCUGAGAGAGUCAGCGACUGGUCCAAAGUCACCCAGUGGGCUAAAUAGCUGAGAGGAGAUUUGAACUGUGGUCUCCCAGGUCCUUGUCCACUACUCCACACUGGUAAUAUCUGGGCACUGCCUUUACAGUGGUACCUUGGUUCUCAUACUUAAUCCGUUCCAGAAGUCCGUUCCAAAACCAAAGCAUUCCAAAACCAAGGUGUGCUUUCCCAUAGAAAGUAAUGCAAAAUGGAUUAAUCUGUUCCUGGCUUUAAAAAAACAACCCCUAAAACAGCAAUUUAACAUGAAUUUUACUAUCUAACGAGAUCAUUGAUCCAUAAAAUGAAAGCAGUAAACCAUGUACUGCGGUCACAUAAUCAAUCAAUCAUUCAAUCAAUCAAUCAAUCAAUCAAUAAGUAGCUGAACUGGGUUCCACACAGUCACAAAAACAAAAAAAAAGAGCUGCAAAAAGGCAAAAUAAAUAGCAAAAACAGACAGACUUCAGCGUAACACUCAAAGCGGAAGUGUGGCACUCAAAUUUGAAGCGUAACACUCAAAACAGAAGUGUGGCACUCAAAUCGGAAGCGUAACAUUGAAAUCAGAAGGGUAACACUCAAAACGGAGCACGUUCAGCUUCCGGAAAAAGUUCACAAACUGGAACAGUUCCAGGUUUGCAAUGUUUGGAUUCCAAGUUGUUUGAGUACCAAGGCAUAUAUAUAUAUAUAUAUAUAUAUAUAUAUAUAUAUAUAUAUAAUAAAAUUGUCCAGUAGCACUUUAGAGACCAACUAAGUUUGUUCUUGGUAUGAGCUUUUGUGUGCAUGCAAACAAAAGCUCAUACCAAGAACAAACUUAGUUGGUCUCUUAAGGUGCUACUGGACAAUUUUUUUUUAUUUUUAUAUAUAUUUCUACUGUGUCAGACCAACACGGCUACCUACCUGAAUUGAGUACCAAGGCUUUUGAGAACCAAGUUACCACUGUACUUGAAAAUAAGCCAUGAUGGUCUUGAACCCAGGUUUUUAUCAGCCUGCCACAUAUCCCUUUUGUGGGAACUGGGUGAUAUAGGGCAGAGGGUGGCUAAUUUGUGGUCCUUCAGGUGCAGCUGGACUACUUCCAUCAUUCCCGGCCACUGGCCAUGCCAGACAGGCAUACCCUCCAAUGAAAACAGGGACGUCCAGUGCUAUGUUUCUAGAAAAAGAGGUUCCGGAACUCAUCAUGAACACCUCCCUCAUUCUCUUAGAAUGGCAAUGGUGCCCACCUGAGAGGUGCCGGAACUAAUUUCCAGUGAGUUCUGCCUGAAAAAUAGUCCUGGAGAUGCCUAUUCCAUACUCUCCAACAUUUCUCCGAUUAAAAAUAGGGAUGUCCUAAGGAAAAGUGAGACACUGCAGGAUCAAAUCAGAAACUGGGAUGGCUUCUGUAAAUCUGGGACUGUCCCUGGAAAAUAGGGAAACUUGGAGGGUCUGGGCAGAGCUGAACAUAUUUUAUUUACUUACUUCCUUACAGUAUUUAUAGCCUGCAAUUCAUUGAGUAUUUUCAAUCUUGGAGUGAAAACAAACAGAAAGAAACAACAAUAUGCCAAAACUACAAAACUAUUUUUAUAAUAGGUCCAAUAAUAAUCAAUUAAGCAUUCUAUCAUAAGGCAAAUAAGCAGAACAGCAAUGAGGACAAAAAACCUGACAUUUCCAAUUUAACCAAAUUCUGAAGUAAAAAGAAACAAAGAACGGUCAAAUACAUUAUUAUUAUUUUAUUAUUUAUUUAAUUUCUAUACCUGAAGGUCUCAGGGCGGUUCAGUAAAAUAUCAAAUACAUAAAAUCAAAACAAAAUCAACAACCCAAUAACCCCCCCCAAAGGAAUUAGCACAUUAACCAGCCAGGGGUCUUAGCAACAGUUCCCACCCUAUUUUUCACUUGCUUACUCACCCCACCCCAUUUCGCACACGAAAAAGGGCUCCCCUCUGUGCCAACAGACUCUCGCUUUUGAGCAACCUAGCACCUCCCCCCCCCAGCCAUUUCAUGUGCCCAGUUCUGUGGAAUACUCUGUUGACAAGAGAUUCGGUGGGCGCCUUCUGUGCCAGCUUUUAAACGCCUACUGGAAACUGUUCUAUUCCGCACAGCCUACACAGGCAGUUAAGAGUGACAUCCUUGCACUGUGGUUAACCAGUGUCUCCUUUUUAACCUUUUUAAUGUUUCUUAUUGUACGUUUUUAUUUAUAAUUGUUUUAAACCACUCUUGGUAUUUUUUAAAUGAAUAUCAGUAUAUAGAUAUUUGUAUAAAUAAACAUGUAGGUAUGUAUAUGAAAACUAGGGUUGCCAUAUUUCAAAAUGUAAAAACAAGGACACCCUGAAAGUUGUUGAACUUUUUUUUUUUUUACAAAAACGCCCUCCAAACCGUGACUUUUCGAUUGACAUGCCUAAGAUCCUGGACAAAGUGCCGCCUUUGGGAAAAUCCCCCGGAUGUCAAUUCCAUCUUUCAAAUCCCGGCAAUGUCCAGGAAAAUCCGGACAUAUGGCAGCCCUAAUGAAAACUUCUCCUCUCGUUUGUUCUUUCCUAGACAAGGACACUCCGGAUAAACUGCAGCAGGUGGCCCUCCCUCUGCUGACCAAUGAGCAGUGCAAGAAAUAUUGGGGGGCUCGCAUCGCUGAUGUCAUGAUCUGUGCUGGUGCCGCAGGGGCUUCCUCUUGUAUGGUACGUCCUCCCCUACUACCUGAGCUGCCCUCCCACCUCAAGGUACCCCCUCCCCAAAACCCACCCACCUUCUCUCAGCCACCACAGCAGUUCCUGUCUGAAAUGAGGCACCUGCUAUCUCCCCCUUGCAUCUUGCUGGCCUCCUAUUUCUGUUUUUUCCUGGCCAUGGAAGACUGCUUCCUCUUGCCCUGCCUGUCCGACACUUGAUUUCUGAGAGGCAAGAAUGACCAGAGGUCAUUGUCAUCUGCCCUGGAAAUCCUGACUCCUGGGGCCCAAGUGGUGGCAGUUUCAGUGGCGAGGGGAAGGUGAGCAUUAAACUAGUAUUCCUAUUAAAAGGCAAACCCACCUGAUUUCAGAAGCGAUUUGUGUACCAAAAACACAGCCAUCCUCCACAGCCAUUUGAUUUUUUUUUUAUAUGAAUAUUUAUUCCAAUUUUAAAAUUACAAACAAAGAAAAAAGUAAAAAGAAAAAAACAAAUCACAUACAUCUUACACAAAACGAACAGUACAAAGAAAAAUACAAAAGACAAAAAAUCACAGUAAAAAAAAAGUAACAAAAAAUCAAAUUAAACCAUUAGAACCGUCUUCCCAUCUACUUAUUUCCCUGACUUCCUCUCACUUCUCUGCUUUGUAUUCUAAUUUGGAUCAUAUCUCCAGCAAAUCCUUCUAACCUUCUUUUCAUUUACUUAUUUUAACAUUCGAAAGUAUUUAAUUCUCCUCUAUCUUUAUUUUACACUUCAUAUUUACUUAUUCCAUUAUACUCUGUCUGCCAAUACGGUCUAAUAUUCUUCUCCAACCUUUUCUAACAUUCUUUUAUAUUACAGUAUUUCUGAAGAUAUAUUUUAAAUUUUUUCCAAUCUUCUUCCAUCGACCCUUCUUCCUGAUCUCGAAUUCUGCCGGUCAUCUCAGCCAGUUCCAUAUAUUCAAUCACUUUUCUCUGCCAUUCUUCUCGGGUAGGCAAUUCUUGUGUCUUCCAGUAUUUCCCAAUAAGUAUUCUUGCCGCUGCUGUCGCAUACAUAAAGAAAUUCCUGUCUUCCCUUCGCACCAAUUGGCCGACCAUGCCCAAGAGGAAGGCCUCUGGUUUCUUCAAGAAAGUAUAUUUCAAUACCUUUUUUAGUUCAUUAUAUAUCAUUUCCCAGAAGGCCUUGAUCUUUGGGCACGUCCACCAAAGGUGAAAAAAAGUACCUUCGUUUUCUUUACAUUUCCAACAUUUAUUAUCAGGCAGAUGAUAAAUUUUUGCUAACUUGACUGGGGUUAAGUACACAGCCAUUUGAGAACCAAAACACACUCAUCCAAAUUUUGCUGCGCCAAGUCAGGUGUACAAAAAUGCAUGUACUAAAAAGCAAAGUGUGCCUCAGAAUGCACAUAUUAGUGAAAACAGCCAUUUGAGAACCUCCUCCACAGCCAUUUGAGAACCAAAACACACUCAUCCAAAUUUUGCUGCGCCAAGUCAGGUGUACAAAAAUGCAUGUACUAAAAAGCAAAGUGUGCCUCAGAAUGCACAUAUUAGUGAAAACAGCAUACACACCGAACCAUUAGAUCUGGGAAAAUAUAAACAGUAGGGGGCACAGGUUUUGCAAAAAAUAAAAAAAUAAAAAUGUGUAUAUGAGGAGAAAUCCCAACAAAAAUGCUGGUGGGGAAUGUUCACGAGGACUUUAAAACAAUUGCAAACGGAUGUGGAAAGGUGGAGAACUGAACUUAAGAUUGGAAAACGUGAGAAACCAAAAUGGACACAUCUGCCAGCUUCUGCCUUCCUUUCCUACAGAACCUCCUUUGACACCCUGCUUUGGUUGUUCCCCUACAGGGUGACUCUGGUGGCCCCCUGGUGUGCCAGAAGGAUGGCGCCUGGACCCUCGUCGGGAUUGUCUCCUGGGGCAGCGGCACUUGCUCCCCAUCCAGCCCAGGGGUCUAUGCCCGAGUGACUGAGCUCCUUCCCUUUAUUGAGGAAACGCUAGCUAAGAACUAACUUAACUCUCUUUGACUUCAGAACAAUAAAACCAGCGUCUGCCACCAUU